CACAUUUCAAGCCGAUAUCAAGAGCUGUAGACGUUGGACUUGUGAUCUGUGAUUAUUUUAAAUGUGUAUGGUCAUAUUUGCUCCGGUAAGUUUCCAUUUUCUCUCUAGUCUUAUCAGUUCUUGAUUUAGGGAUUCAUUUUGUUUGAUAUGAAUUAGUUUAAAUCAUGUCGACUGUAAUAUUUCUGAAUAACUGAUUGUCAGGUUUGUCGUUGUUUCUGUUUGUUGAUGCAUCAUAUUAGAAGAAAAGAAAAUCAAAAGUGUGAGUGAUAUAAAGUUAAUCUUAUUUUACACAAGAACCAUGAAGAUAAGAUGUAGCAUCAGACCUGUGUGUCAAAUCCCAAGUUGAAUCUCCCUGUACUGCUGGGACCACCCUGUAGUGCUCAGUAAGCAGCACCGUUAGUUGUCUUCCGACCUUUAAAUUAUUCAGGUUUUGUUUUCAAACCUAUUGCGUAUUUGAUAAUCAGUCCAGUAAUUUAUUGAUGUGUAUGAAUUAUGCAGUAAGCUGCACUCACAGACUGAAGAUAGAUUAUUUCACUGUCUGUAUUGUCAAUGCAUUUCUCAUCCCUUUCCAUAGAUUUUCGCCAUCUGUGCUUUUGCAACAUGUGGUGGAUACUAUGGUCACCUCCAGGUUAAAGUGGACUGUGCAGACAGGAGGAAAAGUAACCUCAGCAUCAACAUCGACUUUGGCUACCCCUUUAGGUAAAGAAGUUACUUCUCUUUUUAAAACAUUAAUCCACGUUUGAAUCUUGUCUCAGAUGUGUAAUCAUCCCAUAUCAGCAAAUCUUCAUUACCUCUGUGAUUUAGUAAACACACCUCUGUUCCUCUGAUGUGUAUAUGUGUGCAUUUACUUAACAAAUACAAAAUUAAAUCACUCAAAUUAUCAUACAUGACGUUUUAUCUGAUCAAUAAAUCUCUUUGGAUCUAUAAAUACAGUUUGUAGCAUGUACACGUUUUGAUAUACGUUUUGAAAAUUGAAUUAACAAACCACUUGACAAAGAGAGAACAUUUGAGUGUAGGUGUCAAAUGACUCUUCCAGAUCAAUGAGACAUGUCCACAGCGGUGGUGAUAAUCCUUUAUAUUUCAGGCAACUGAUCAGACAGUCACGCACAAAAAAAACACUUAAAAGCUUCACAGCUCCACUCCACCAUGUAGUCAAGCUCAGCAGAGAGAGAAAAGUCUCUUUCUUUUAAAGCUUCACCAAUUUAAGGAGUGGAAGCUGGGCGACUGAGCAGGAAGUCAUCCCGUCUCUGCGUCAAUUAUCAAAACUGUACCUCGACUCCUGUCAUCUUAGAUUCAAAAACCUAAGGUGGUCUCUUUUGAUUAGACAGCUCUUUAUCAUGACAUCUUUCUUUGCAGCUUUGAGCUGAAGUGUGAUGUUACUCAAGUGUGAAGCUGGAAAGCGGCAGAAAAUGCAUUUGAUGGAUGUCUGUUUCAUACAGGGACAUGCCUGAAUAUCUAGGUGUAACAUAAUGCAAACCCCACAGUAUUAUGAUUGUAAUGCUCAUUUAUAGUUUGGCCUUUGAAACAUGGAAAAACCCUAAAAAAAUACACAGUACAAAACACAAACCCAAGAAAUAAUAGAUUUACAAAGAGCUUAAAGCUGCACAAAGUAAGGGUGGAACAAUAAAAGGUACAACCUAUGGUACAGGAGGCUCGAUUGUGACUAAUUGGUGACUGAUUAAACAAAACAAAAAAAUACUACAUGGUCUUAAGAGUCUUGUGAAAACCCUGAUGCUUGGGAUGAGAAAACAAUGACUCAGCUUUGGAGCUGUUUUGAGUCAAAAUAGAGCAGUUCGAUUAAGAAGAACUAUAAAAUAUUUUCAUUAAAGUUUAGGCUGUACAGGGAAAUCAACAAUGAAUUAAAUAGUACUUUGGUAGUCAAUGAUACCACCCACUCUUGUUGAGUAUUAAAAAUACUUCAAUCCAAAAGGUCAUCAACCGAAAUAUGUUGUUUUCUCAUUUUUAAAACAACUAGAAUAUCUGUUGAACCAAUUAAAAAAAACCUCCCACCCCCUAUUAAAAAAAGACGUUUUUGAGGGAUCAUUGAUUGAGAUCAGAAAUAGGCAGUUCAUGGGUUUGGUAAGUCUACAGGACAUGAAUGUAAAGCAUAAAUAAUAAAUUUACAACCCCGAUAAAAAAGUAAAAUUUGAUGGUUUUAAAUUCAUUUAAACCCUGCAUAUUUAUCAAAUGUAAAAAAAGGCAAGACGGGGACAAGAGAACGCAGAAAAAAGUGUAAUCACAAAUCUGUCUGUAAACACAUCUUAUCUCUUAAUCCACAAAUGCAGGUUAAAACUGUCCCGUACAAAGAGGAAGCAGUAUAAACGUGAUUCAGCAAACCAAACCCAGGUCUAGUGAAGAUGGACAGGGGCAAAGAGGUGAAACUGUCCUAUAGACCGCUGUGUACCUCUGUUUUCAGCCUGAACCUUCAUUUAUUUCCUGAAAGCACUGGCAGCUGAACUGACACAUUUUCUGAAUACUUUCCUGACUUCGUUUUUUUUUUCUUCCAUUCCUGCAAACCUCUAUUUCCUCUCUUGUAGAUUAAAAGACGUGCACUUCAAGGCUCCUCUGUGUGAGGGAAGAAGAGACGAGAUUCUUUUCCUCGAUGGUGACUUUUCCGCCGCUUCUCAGUUUUUUCUGACUGUGGGUGUUUUUGCUUUCCUAUACUCCCUGCUGGCGACUGUCGUCUAUGUCUUCUAUCAAAACAAGUACCUGAAGAACAACAGAGGCCCCCUCGUGGUCAGUGAGUUUGUAUCAUUAAAAAUACAUGUUUUUCUCAUGGUAGUCGGGAGACUGACGUUUCCUUUUUCCCUUUUUUUUUGUUCUGUACAGGAUUUUAUUGUAACACUCAUCUUCUCCCUUAUGUGGCUGGUGAGCAGUUGUUGUUGGGCCAAAUCUCUCUCCAAUAUCAAAACAGCCACAAACCCCACACAGGUGCUAUUGCUUAUUUCAGCCUGCAGAGCACAGGAGAACAAAUGUACAGCCACCCAAGAACCUUCCUGGUCACGUCUUAAUGCAUCUGCGGUAAGUAACCAGCAGAAACAUAAAGCACUGAGAUACAAAAUAAAAACAAAACAAGCUAUUUACUUCUGUACCCUUUCCUAUGUCCAGGUUUUUGGAUUUGUAAAUGUCAUCCUCUGGGUCGGUAAUAUCUGGUUUGUCUUCAAAGAGACAGGCUGGUACAAGACAGGUCAGAGAUAUCCAACCAGGAGUGCUUCUGGGAAACGUUCCAGUGAAAUGCGGCAGAGGCUCUACAGUGAGAGCAGCUUUGACUUGCCAGAGGAGAGUUCUGGUUCACAGCUAUCUAGGCAAAACAGUUUCAAUCUGUCGAAGGGGGAUUUCAGUCAGCAUGUCUACAGACAGAGUAGCUUCAACCAGACGCAAGUAAGCCUGAGCUUACCACAAGCGUAUCUCGGUAAACCCGUGGUUUCCAAAGGGCCGAUGAUAUUUGUCAAUGAGAUGUGAUAUUUGACGUAUGUUUGAUAUACAGUAGUAAGUGAUGAACUAGAUGGAUAUGUGCUAUUGGCAUAAACAUGUAUUAACACAUUAUUAUAAAGUGAAAAGACUUGAAGAUUUUGUAGUGCUGUUGUUUGUUGGUCAAUAUUAUUGUUAUCAAGACGAAGAAUUUUAAUGAAAUUCAAUCAGUGUCUAUUUAGUGGGAUAUAACCAUUGUGCUUUCAGUGGCCCCUCAGCCCUUUCAGGCUUGAAUGAUAUCCUGAAUUCACCUAAACAGUGACUCACACGAGACUAAAUAUGAUUAAACAGUAUUAGUUAUACAAGAAACACAAUGCUUUAUUAAACAAGCCUAAGCUUUGUACAUUGCAGUAGCUAGGUUAAUACAUUGUAGCUUUUCUACUUUUAAAUUAGCUGUAGUAAGCUAACAAUAUAAGGUUAGCUAGUUUUUCUUUUAAAAUAAGGUGACCAGUCGUCCCCGUUUUGGAUGUCCCCGGAAAUGUCCCCGAUUUAAGCAUUUCAUGAAUGAAAACAAAAAUGUUGCGCGUAAACUAGAACAACGGUUAUUACGGUAGCCGAGUAGUUAGAAAGCACAAGUAAGCAUGUUGCACGCAGCCCUGGACAACAGUUUUUACAGGGGGUUAUCACGGGGGGCGUGUGCAGCUACUAGGUUGUACCUGCUCUCCAGAAAUAGAGGGUCUGAAAUCACGUUUUGCUCAGCACCCCCCACCCUCUGGAUGUUCCCAGAUGCCCCCGGAUUUCAUUACAGAAAUCUGGUCACCUUAUUUUAAAACCAAGCAGUAAUAAACCCGAUCAGCCAUGAUUAUCCAGAUUAAGUAGCUGACUUAUCUGCUCAGUCAGUGUAGUUAAGCUUUGUCAGCUAUAGCAGUUUUUUUAUUUUCGUAUUGACGCAAACAAUUCUCUAAACAACAAUGUAAAGAACCUUUUAUGAUAUGAAACAUUUACAAAUGUUAAUUGCUGCUAAGAUAUCUUAACUAAAAAAUUUUAACAUAUAAUAUUUAUCUGACGUUUGAGAAAUAGUGUUCUUUUUAAGUAAAUUGAUGUUGUUUGGAGGAGAUGAAAUGGAGGGGAUUCUGUGAUACACAAUGAUUGUACCUUGUAAAGAAGAAACGGAAAUUUCGUGACACCAUCUGUUCGUGUGAACAUGUUAUUUAUGGUGAACAUAUAUUUAUUUCUCUUACAAACUUGUUUCUUUAUUCUUUAUGUAACAUUACAAACAGAAAGUGACAUUCUUUUAAAAAAAUUUCUUAAUACAAAACGAUUAUCUCUGUCUGAUAUUUUGUUUAUUAUAUUGUAUGAGUUUAUUGUACUUUAUGUUAAUUUAAAAAUAUUUUGUAUGUAUUUUUGAGUCAUUCAAAAGUAUAUGAUAACUAUUUAUUGUACACUUGUCCGUUUGAAGAAGUCUCUUCCUAGAGAUGUGUUGCAUCUUGAACAAAAUAUGCAUCAUUUGGAGAAUGCAAUGUGGAAAUGUUUGUGCUACAGGUCAUUCAUUCUUUUCUUUUUAUACAUAAUCAUGUAUAUCUGUGCAUAUGAACACAAAGUUCAAAGUGCAUCUGAACUUUAAAGGUAAUUGAAUUCUUUAGAUCACAAUGAUUAUUACAUUCAGUUCAUUUUACUUUAGAUGUCCCUAAAUUGUUGCUCUGCAGACAUCUCCAGGAGUCUGUAUCAUCAAAGUGAGCACAUGCACUCUCCAGCUACUGUUGUUACCAUCCUCUUUAUACUCUCUUUAAGUAGACAAAGAUGAGAAGAAUGAAAAUGUGGAAAUAUAAAAACAUGUAUAUACCAACACAGAGAAUUACAAGUGAGCUGUGAAUGUUGUAGCGAUCCCAGCGCAAACGUUAAUGACUGUUCCAGACUGUGUUUUAGGAUUAUCACAGCUGCAAAGGCUAAAGGGAUUAUCCCUCUGGGUGUCUGUUUCAUCCUGUUAACCUAAUGCCAGCUAAGACCUAAAACCUAUUAACAGCACAACCAUUAUGUGUUGAUCACUAGUAGAUAAGUUUACAUACAGUAUGUGGAUAAAUAUGGGGCUGUUUGAUGUAAAAUACAAAAAUAGUAAAGUUUAGAAUAUCUUUAUUUCAGAUUAAAUGUUUUUUUUGGGCCCGAUAAUGGUGCAAAUAAUGCUUCAUGAGGGCAAAUGUAACACAUUAAGUAAAGCAAGUGUCUUUCAAUGAAUAAAAUCUGUCUUGAGCACACA